CUCUGAGCAGCCAUGGAGAGGAUGCAGCAGGUCGUGGGCCGGGCCAGAGCCGCCUUCAACACGGGCCGGUGCCGCUCGCUGGAGUUCAGGAUGCAGCAGCUGAAGGCCCUGGAGCGGAUGGUGCAGGAGAAGGAGCAGGAGAUCCUGGCAGCCAUCAAGGCGGAUCUGCAUAAGGUGGUGAUGAGUGGGCCCACCGCGUACAUCCAAGAGAUCGUGACUGUAAUGGUGGAUUUGGCCCUGACCAAAAGUGAGCUGCCAGUGUGGAUGGCCCCUCGACCUAUGCCAAAGGGCCUGGUGGAGAUAAGGGACAAGACCUACGUCUGCCCUGAGCCCCUGGGAGUGGUGCUGAUCAUUGGAACUUGGAACUACCCAUUCCUUGUGGUCAUACAACCUCUGAUUGGAGCCAUUGCAGCAGGCAAUGCUGCUGUGGUGAAGCCAUCAGAGGUCAGCGAGAACACUGCUCGGCUGGUGGCUGACAUCCUCCCCCAGUACCUUGACCCAGAGCUGUAUCCUGUGGUCACUGGGGGAGUACCUGAGACAACAGCACUGCUGACCCAGAGAUUCGAUCACAUCCUCUAUACUGGCAACUCCAGAGUGGGCAAAAUUGUGAUGGCAGCAGCUGCCAGGCACCUGACACCCGUCACCCUGGAGCUGGGUGGGAAGAGUCCCUGCUACAUCGACAAGGACUGUGAUCUGGAUGUUGCCUGCAGGAGAAUAACGUGGGGGAAGUACCUGAACUGUGGGCAAACCUGCAUCGCCCCAGACUAUGUCCUCUGUGACCCUUCCAUCCAGGGCAAGGUGGUGGAGAACAUCAAGGCCACUCUGCUGGAAUUCUAUGGGGAGGAUGUGAAGUCAUCUCCAGAUUAUGAAAGGAUCAUCAACAAGCAUCACUUCAAGAGGAUCCUGGGCCUGCUGGAAGGGCAGAAGAUCGCUCAUGGCGGGGAGACUGAUGAGGCCUCCUGCUUCAUAGCACCGACCAUCCUGACUGACGUUUCUCCAGAGUCAAAGGUGAUGGAGGAGGAAAUCUUUGGGCCAGUGCUUCCUAUUCUGCCUGUGAGGAGCGUGGAUGAAGCCAUUGAGUUCAUCAACCGUCGGGAGAAGCCCCUGGCCCUCUAUGUCUUCUCCAACAACAAGAAGUUUAUCAAAAGAGUCGUCUCAGAAACCUCCAGUGGGGGGGUUGUUCAAAAUGAUGUCGUCAUGCAAUUCCUCCUCCCAACCUUACCCUUUGGUGGUGUUGGUAACAGUGGGAUGGGUGCCUACCAUGGCAAGCACAGCUUUGAGACCUUCUCCCACCUCCGUGUCUACUUGAUUAAGGACCUGAAGAUGGAGAUUUUGAACAAAUUUCGGUACCCGCCCCGCACUCAGAAGAAGGUGAAGUUGGUGCUCUUUGUCCUCUUGAAGUUGUACGACAAAGGCCAAGCAAGAGUGAUCCUCCUGGCCCUGCUGGGGAUAUUGGCAGCAGUGGUGGCCAUGCUGCACUUUGGCUCUUGCCUGUCUGCCUGAAUUUGUGUUCCCAGC